UUCCUCCUGCUCUGCCACCCACGGACACUCAGCAGCCCACGGAGCUAUGGCAUCCUGGGGGCUCCAGGAGAUCUCAAUGCCUACUUACGAACUAGAUCAGUUCAUCCGCUUUGUCCUGAGGCCUCACAAAAACUGUGAGACAAAGCUCGACUUGAUUGUGGAAAGACUCUGCACCUUCCUGCAGGAAGCCAAGGAGCUGCGCCUGGAGAGACAUGUAGCCACAGGCGGUUCCUAUGGCCGGAAAACAGUCUUGAGGGGCAACUCCGAUGGCACCCUUGUCAUCUUUGCCAGUGAUUUUACACAAUUCCAGGAUCUGAAGAAAAAUCAAAAUGAAAUCCUUAACAAAAUCCAGAAGCAGCUGGAAAUAUGUCUAUUAGACAAGCUGCUGGCAGCUAACAUGAUGAUCCAGAGACGCUACAACAGACUCACCAUCCAGCUGUCCACAGAACACCAGGAUAUCACUUUUGAGGUGCUGCCUGCCUUUAACCCUUUAGGCGCCAGUGACAAGCCCAGCCCUGGGAUCUACAGAGACCUCAUACGUUCCUUGAAUGAGACGAGAGCCAGCCCAGGGGAGUUCUCCGCCUGUUUCACAGAACUCCAGCGGAAGUUUUUUGACAACCGUCCUCAAAAACUGAAGGACCUCAUCCUCUUGAUAAAGCACUGGUGGCAUCAAAAGUGCCAGAAAAAGUUAAAUAAUUCAUCCCUGCAGCCCAUAUAUGCGCUGGAGCUGCUUACGAUCUACACCUGGGAACAGGGGAGCGGAGCAGAGAACUUUAGCAUAGAGGAAGGACUCAGAAGUGUGCUGAGGCUCAUGGAGCAGCAGGAGAAGCUGUGUGUCUACUGGACGGUCAACUACAACUUCGAGGAUGAGACUGUCCGGAACAUGCUGCUGAGGCAGCUCCACUCGCCGAGGCCAGUCAUCUUGGAUCCAACUGACCCAACCAAUAAUUUGAGCCAAGAUAAGACAUGCUGGCAACUGCUAAAAACAGAAGCCCAGUGCUGGUUGUCUUCUCUCACCCCGCAUGAGUCCCAUGGGUCAUCUUGGAAUGUUCUGCCAGGAGCCCUCUCCGAGACCCCAGGCCACCUUCUAGAUCGCUACAUCAAGGACUUUCUCCAGCCCAACAAAGAUUUCAUUGAACAGCUCCAUAAAGCUGUUAUGAUCAUCUGUACAUUCCUUAAAGAAAACUGCUUUCGACAUUCAACUACAAAGGUUCUGAAGGCCGUCAAGGGUGGCUCCGCGGCCAAAGGCACAGCUCUGAAAAAUGGCUCUGAUGCCGACCUGGUGGUGUUCCUCAGUUCACUCCGAAGCUACACUGCCCAAAAACACCAGAGAAGGGACAUCAUCGAUGAAAUCCGUAAACAGCUGGAAAUCUGUAAGGAGGAGAAGCAGUUGGAAGUGAAAUUUGAGAUUUCAAAAUGGCAGUUUCCCCGGGUGCUGAGCUUUUCUCUGAAAUCCAAAGAACUCAAGGAAAGUGUUGACUUCGAUGUGCUGCCUGCAUUUAACCCACUAGGUCAAGUGAAAUCUGGGUGGAGACCUGACCCCAGCAUCUAUGCUGAGCUCAUUCGCCUGUGUGAAUCCUCGAAAGUCCCAGGGGGUGAAUUUUCCACCUGUUUCACAGAGCUGCAGCGUGACUUUAUUGCACAGCGGCCCAUCAAACUGAAAGAUUUAGUACGUCUGGUGAAGCACUGGUACAAGCUGUGUGAGAGAAAGCUGAAGCGAAUGGGAUCCCUGCCCCCAAAGUAUGCCUUGGAGCUGCUCACCAUCUAUGCCUGGGAGCACGGCAGUGGGGAGGACAAUUUUGACACCGCUGAAGGUUUCCGGACGGUCCUGGAGUUGGUCAUGAAAUAUCGGGAGCUCUGCAUCUUCUGGACUGUCAAUUACAACUUCCAGAAUGAGACUGUGAGGAACUUCCUGCUGGCCCAGAUCCAGAAAACCAGGCCUGUGAUCUUGGACCCAGCUGAACCCACCGGCGACGUGGGUGGAGGAAAUCGCUGGUGUUGGCGUCUCUUGGCACAAGAAGCUAAGGAAUGGCUGUCCUUUCUCUGCUUCAAAGAUGGGACUGGAAACACAAUACGCCCCUGGCUCAUACCAACAGUGCAGACACCAGGAAGUUGUGGAGCUCAGAUGCAGCCUGUUGUCCACGAGAUGGUGUCAUUCAGAAGCAGGUCCCUGGUGUGAGACGGCCGGAGGACGCUGCUCCAUGUCUUCGGCAGGUGCCUUCGAAGAGCCAUAGGCCGUGCGAAGAGGGACCCUGGCCCAUUCUUCCCGGCCAGUCCCUGCGACUCCUUCUUUGACUCCUCUUCUACCAGGACUGCCAAGUCCUUCAUAAAGUCUGGCCGUGUUGAGCUCACCCCCUGCAAGUGACCUUGUGAAAUGCCUUCACUCCCACCCAGCCUGCCGAGCCCACGGCGCUGCCAACCUUACUGAAUGUUUCCUGCUUCCUUUCAGCUUCCUUUUCCUUCACUCCCAGCAGAAGGCUCUCUCCACAGUGCCCCAGUGAAGCCUUUUGCCUGCUCCUGGGCUCCCCAAAUUCUGCGAUCUUGCUCCCCCAACCCUCCACCUCUCCCUCUUUUCUCUUUCUGUCCGUACACAAAACUCAGUCUGCCCCUGCAGAGUGGACGGUCUCCCAAGCCAGUGGGAGCCAACCCCUUCUCACACCUUCAAAGCUCUCCGAAGCCAGACCUGCUAACCCUCCAGCGGCUCGGAUUAGGCUCCUCUGUGUUACCCUUUUCCUGCUGAGCCUACUUUACCCCCCUCUGCGCAUGAGUAUCUUCUCCCCCAUUCUGAAGGCUUUGUCCUCCGACUUGAAGGUCUAAGCAUUUUAACCUCAAAUGUCCACUUGCUGUUUUAUUGCUGUGCAUAGACCACUUGCCGCAUA